AUGGCCACCGCCCAACCAGAUCACGAUCAGCAGUCUGAUCGGUUGUUCCUCAACCUUCCCUCCAACAACCCUUUCCGCAACCGCGCUGCGUCGCCCGCUCAGCAAAGUCCAACUUCGCCCUUUGACGACCCUCCCCCGCGCCCUACUUCGCGCAACCCUUUUCUGGAUCCCACCAUUGCCAACAGGGCCAGCAACCCAAAUAUCCGAUCUGUUUCCGACAACAUGUCGUCAUACGAUAAGCGCCCGUCGCUCACGGCCGAAGAAAUAUUCGGUUCGUUGACGCUAGAGGAGUCCAACUCUGCAGCUGCGAGAGCUGAGGCCCCGAAGCCUCCCAUGGGCCGCCGCGGUCCUCCGCCACCGGGACGUGAGAAUGUGCCGAGUGCUAGCCGCAAUGGCCCAGGGCCCAACCACCGUCCCACUCGAUCCCAGGAAGAGGCUAUGCGUGCCGGCCGGAAGCAGUCCAACGCCGAACUGUUGAUUCCUAUCGACACACCCCGCUCCCCUCCGAGACAGCGCCAGGACCAGCGAAGGCCCCGUAGAAAUUCCGACUCUUCCAUUGUCGGUGCCGAUAAGAUCAUGACCGAGGAAGAGAAGAAGGCCCGGGAUCAGAGACGUCGUGAGCGUGAACGUCGGCAACGCGAGGGUGGUGGCAAGGAUAGGAAGCCCGCCAGCCGCAAGCUCGACAUUAUCGAUCAAUUAGAUGCCACCAGCAUCUAUGGAACAGGAAUUUUCCAUCACGACGGACCUUUCGAUGCCCUCAACCCCCACCGCAACCGCACUGGCAGCCGGCGUGCACCUAUGCAAGCCUUCCCUGAAGGCUCGCUCAACAACACCCUCGGUGGUUCUGGUCCUCUGAACGCUCGCCCCGACCACUCGACAUUCUUGGGUGGACACGACGAUGAAGCUUUCAGGGAGUGGUCCAAGGGCUCCAAGGAUAGAAACGGCGCUCCUCCCACGACCAGCAAGGGCGAGUUGCCCAUGUUUGACCCCCUCAGCCGCGGCAACGUCCUCCACGGCGAUGAAUCCCUCGGGCUCGGCACGUCGACCUUUUUGGAGGGCGCCCCGGCCGCCCGCACAGCGAUCCAGAAACGCGAGGAGGAGCGAGCUCAAGAGGUUAUGCAGGAAGGGCUGCAGCGCAAGAAGUCCCUCGCCCAUCGUAUCCGCAACAUCAACCGCCAGCCCCGCGAUUUCCAGGCUUCUGGCAGAACCACCAACCCCGAAGGAGUCUACGGGUCUCGCCGAUCCCCCUCCGAGAGCGGACCCGCCUCUGCUGGCGCCAACGGGGAGCGCAACCCAUUCUUCAACGAAUAUGGCCAACCGAGGGGUGAAGAGGGAUUCAGCGUGCGCAAGGAGUCCAACGCCGGGCCCAAGUCUCCCGGCAGCCCCAAGGGUGGUUACGGCCUCGAGCGGAGAUCGACGACGGACGGCACAGGCGGCGAAGAUGGCCCACAACCUAAGAGUGGUGGAAUCUUGGGCCGCAUGAAGAGUCUGAAGGGCGGACGGCGCCAGCGUCCUGGCCAGGGCAGCUCUGAUAUGGGCAUGCCUCCUGCUCCUGGAACCGCGGUUUAG